CUGUGUUGACGCGCCAUGAGUUGGUGUCUUUGCCAAAAAUAAUGUCGUCAGCUGGUUUUGCGGCUGGGUGUAGUGGGGAGAAAAUCCCUUCUCAUUAGAAAUGAUGUGUCAUGUUUCAGAGUUGGCGUCGCCGUGUGAGAAUAACAAUUAGUCAGCAGAUCAGCCGGUUAUUUUAUGCUGACAGCUCUGCGUGUGACCUGAUUGAGGGAGUGUGUGCGGGGUGACCGGAUGCAGUUGUUUUGAAAUAUUUAGCUCUGUCCUCUGAGGGACGCUCGGUUUUGCUUCUGUCUCCGUUCUGAGCAGCUUCUGCCUCGGUUCGUCUCAUGAUGGCGAUCAAUAAGACCUACGUUAGGGUCGUUUACUCUUCGCUCGGCGUGAUCCUGGGGGUCUCUGCCUUCCUGGUGUGGAACAUCGUGUACAAACAGCCGUGGACCGGAGCCAUGGGGGGUCUGUCAGGUGUGUUGGCCCUCUGGACCCUGAUCACCCAUGUCAUGUACCUUCAAGAUUACUGGCGGACGUGGCUAAAGGGUCUCAAGUUCUUUCUUUACGCUGCGGUUUUCUUCUCACUGCUGGCCGUCGUAGCCUUUAUCUCUUUCCUGUCCAUUGCCAUCAGCAGGAAGGAGUCUUUCACUGAUCCUGAGAGUCUCUACCUGUCAGCUGUGUGGAGCGCUAUGAGCCUGAAGUGGUCCAUCCAGCUCCUCCUGGCUGCUAAACAUUACCGCAAAGAAUUUGCUGACAUCAGCAUCCUCAGUGACUUCUGAAUGGACUGCACGCUCCUACAGCUACCACGCAGAGACUUUGAAGUUCAGUCACUGAGCUGGCUGCUCAACCUGACCAUGCAUUGGAGUGAUUGCUAGAAAUUCAUUUGUUUUCUUAAGGAUGAUGUCUCUUCUUAUCUAGGUGCCACCACCUCCUUUUCCUACUGUAGGAAGGAAUUAUGUUUAAUCCAGCAGUUUAAUCUAAUGCUGGAAUUUCAACACACUGUGGAUAUAACAAGUUACAGUUUCAUGCUACAGCCACUAGAGGUCACUGCCUUCCAACUAUGGCUAACCAGUUUGGACUUCUGUAUAUAAACCUGACCCAGUUGCUCACUUAUUCUUUUUACAUAUCAUGGCUCAUCUGCCCUACGGUAAGAAUAGGGUUCUUAAAGAGAAAUCAACUCCCAUCACUGCUUAAUCAGUGAGUGAAAAACUAAAACAGAGGUGGUCAGUACAGCACGAUGACUUUCUUCUAGAUAUAUUCAUAUUGAUAGACCUUCUAGAUAGAUAAACGUCAUGUAUUUUUAAUGUAAAGAAGGAAGUUUUGGAGCAUUUAUAUUUGUUUGGAAAACAAAAAAGAAUCCAAGAUUGUGUUUGCUUGGAUGUUCAUAUUAUGUUGCCCUUCUCAUUAACAAACACUGCCGUUGUUUAAUGAGAUUGUUUCUCGUCUUCCCUUUAAGCAUAUGUCAUUGGGAUUCAUCUCUACGCUAAUCUAAAGCACUAUGCCAUUACACAGCCACAUGUAUCCAUCAAUUAAAUGUAGCACUGUGUUUCUUUUCUACAUGAUUGUCUGGGAGACCUUUAUUAAAGUGCACCUUUCAUAUCUA